AUGCCAGCAUCACACCUAGGCGAUGAACGGAAAGCCCCUGCUGCAAUAGCGGCCGCUGCAAAUGCCCAGCGACUGCAGUAUGCUUUGAAGGGUCUAUGCUUAUGGGAAGAUGAAGAGGGAAAAGAUGAAGGCCAGAGAAGGGGCAACCGUAGGACCCUCAUGAAGGGCAGUUCCCCCCCCGGAUUCGUUCUCAGCAUGACCGCGAGAUGGCCGGGCUGUCAGACACUCUGCAGCUUUACAGCUGCCGACUUGGGCUCUCGAGUUGCUCUUUGGAUCGUCGAAUCUCCUGUUGACCCCCCAGCAAUGGUUGUUUACCACCCAAAGAAACAAAAGCUCGAAGAGGAGAAAGGAAGCGGAGAGUUGCCAGAAGCAGGACUGGGGGUCUCGCUGACCCCAGCCUGUAUCAAAGGAGUUGAAGGGGCCUUCUUAUUUGGUGGCCGUUCGCAUUUGGGGGAUAUUGUUAAUGAUUGUUUCUUCUACAACUCGGCAAACCGCAAGUGGACGAAGCUCAAGUGUCAAGGGGAGAAACCUGCUAAACGCUGCUUUCAUGCUGCUGCCUUCUCUGCGAAGACCCAAUCACUUUAUGUUUUUGGAGGACAAGGGGAAGACGGCAACACUUUGGCGGCAACUUGCAAAUUAGUCAAUGCAAAGGAGUGGGUAGAGUUGGCAAAUCAGGACGCGCCGCCUCCCAGAACGCAUCAUAGCCUCAGCGUAGUUGAGGGAGCCACGACUGGCGAAAGCCUGCUGCUGUUUGGGGGCCUGGUAGAUGGAUCAGAUACAAAUGACCUAUGGGUUUUGCCUAUCGCGUCGAAAAAGCCUGCUUGGCACCGUUUAGGAGAAGUCUCGGGAACACCGCCGGCGAAACGCCAUGGGCAUUCUGCCACUGUUGCAGGUCCUCGCUGCUUCAUUUUUGGCGGAGUGGGAAAACACUGGAUGGGAUGGGAAAUUUCAUAUUUUGACAUGAACGCAUAUGACGUUGAAGUGUCGUCUUGGUUCUCUGUAAAUUUGCUUUCUCCCCUUGCCGACCUGCCUUCUCACGGUCUCGCAGUGGCCACGGGAGACCCCAGCACGAUGCUACACGUCUUCGCAGCGGGGGAAAAGAGUUGGAAUGACGGAUCCAUUUUCCGUUUAGCUGCAGUAUGCAGCACGCUGGAUAUAUCUUUUUUUGCCCAGGGCCUGCGAAACGCUAAAGUUGUUUCAGCAGACAAUAGGAUGCGGAAAGAUGAGUUGCGGCUGGCAGUAGAUGAGCUGACAGCCACCGUGGAAGAAGACAACAGAUUGGCUAACUCCGUAUCCAGCAAAACAGACGAACUCGUGGAGCAGUGGGAAUCACUUCUUCGCUCAAUUAGCGAGACCCACAGCGAUGUCUUGAAGAAACUUCAAAUGGCGCAAGAGUUAGAAGCAAAGACGGCAGCAAUUGCCUCCGACACAGCAGCACGAGAGGCAGCAGCUGCUGAAAAGUGUGACGAACUGCAGCGCCAACUCGAGUACUUUCAGCUCAGACUCGAUGAAUCUGAGCAAUGGGCGCCCGAUGCGGCUCCUCGGCAACAAUCGUCUGGUGGCGACGUACGAGAAGGCGACUAG